CUUUGCCAUUUCAUAUAAUUAAUGGGGUAGGUUUGUCAUUUCACUAAUUAUUUUUUUUUUUAAAAAAGUAAAACCAUAGAAGGUGGCUAAAUAAUCAGUCUGAUAAAUUUGAUUUUUCUCCUUAAUAAUUUACCAAAAAUGCAAAUCUCCAAAAUCAACCAGAUAGACUAAUUUAGCUAGAGCUCUCCAUGACCCCAUUUCAUCUGCAAAAAAUCGGUAAGAAUUAGUUAGAUUUAGUUGAUGUGUUAUUAUAUUUGUGAACUUUCCUACAGUUCAAAGCCAUUGAUUCUCAGUCGAAGAAGCUCUUUAAUGGCUGAGGAUUUUCCAUCCACCUGAAAGUUAUCAUGAUUCUCUCACCUUCCUCAUUAUCCCAGGCAAUGCCACAUUUUUUUUAUAGAGAAAUGCAAUUGAAGCAACAUUGUGUUUCGGCGAUUUUUCAUAGCCAAGAGAACAGGUUCUUGAUCAGACAGGCUUUGACAAACCUUGCUCCAUCAUCACUGUCUUUCUAUGAGAGGAGUUUUUGCAAGGGAAGACAUUGUUGGAAAGUCAAAUUUGCUUUAGAUACCGGUGGAUUUCCCAGUAAUGGUGGUCAGCAAAAUGAUAUCAACGAGGACUCCUCUGGUCUUGGCCAAACACGGCUUAGCAGGAUUGUGAUUGCAGGAGGGAGGCAGCUGCUAGGAAAGUUGAAUUCGGCUAGAAAGAAUUUCCCCAUGAAGGUUUUUCUUUUAUUGCUAGGAUUCUACACCGCAAAUGCACUAGCGACAAUACUUGGUCAGACAGGUGAUUGGGAUGUAUUGGUUGCAGGUAUUGUAGUUGCUGCCAUCGAGGGGAUAGGUAUGCUAAUGUACAAAAAAACCGCAUUAUCAAGUGGAAGGCUACAACCUUUAGUUGUGUUGAUCAAUUAUUGGAAAGCCGGUGUUUGCUUAGGUCUUUUCGUAGAUGCUUUCAAAUUGGGUAGCUAAAAGUUCUCAUUCAUUCAACUAUAUACAAGAAAAAUGUAAUCUGAACAAUGUAUCAUCUCCACAUGUCUAUACAUCUCUCUCCAUUUCUUUA